AUGUCAUUAUAUAUGACACUUACCAGAGGAUCAGACGGCGAAAACGCACAUCUCUUGCUCAUCGCACCAUUAUCCGCCAAUACCGUGGCCGAAAUGGUAAGGGAGCUUUCCGAUAACCUUCUUCUUUCAGUCCUGAAAAGAUAUACCUAG